GCAUCAUUUGUAUCGAAAAAACACAGUGCAUCAUCAUCAUCUUCCGCUAAAGGAGCCGUUAGUCAAACACCCACAAAACCCCGGAAGCUCGUGGCUUCGUGGGUUUCGAGUUCAAGUACCACCCUUUUGGUUUCUGGUGCAGAUUGAGGUAUAAAUAGUCCGAGGAAAUCGAGUUUAUACCUGAAGAUUGAGACAACUAGUCUUGGAGUUGGUGACAUGGCUGAUGAGAAUGGUGUCAAUGGUGAUACCAAUAGUCAUGAAAACCAUGCCGAAGAAGAGAAAAGCUCAGCCCCCAUGAAUAAGGAUCAGCCAGCCUCAUCAGAUAGCAAUGGAGAUGAGAAAGUUGAAAAGAUUCCUUUUUCCAAGCUAUUCUCCUUUGCAGAUAAGACUGAUGUUAUCUUGAUGGUUGUCGGCACAAUUGGUGCCGUUGGGAAUGGUUCUUGUAUGCCUCUCAUGACGGUUUUGUUUGGAGAGAUGAUAGAUUCUUUUGGAUCUAAUCAAAAUAAAGACGUCGUCGCAGUUGUUUCAAAGGUCUCUCUGAAAUUUGUUUACCUGGCUGUGGGGGCAGGUGUUGCAGCAUUUCUUCCUGCAAGAAUUAGAGGCAUGUAUUUGAAAACAAUUUUGAGACAAGAUGUUGCUUUCUUCGAUAUGGAAACAAACACUGGAGAGGUUGUUGGGAGAAUGUCUGGUGACACUGUUCUCAUACAAGAUGCCAUGGGGGAGAAGGUCGGAAAAUUCUUGCAGCUGAUGUCAACAUUCAUUGGAGGAUUUAUAAUAGCAUUCAUCAAAGGGUGGCUUCUCACUCUUGUCAUGUUAUCCUCUAUUCCUUUGCUUGUGGCAGCUGGUGCAUCGAUGUCCAUCAUCAUAACCAAGAUGGCAUCCCGUGGACAAACUGCUUAUGCAAAAGCAGCAAAUGUAGUUGAACAAACAAUUGGGUCCAUUAGAACCGUCGCAUCAUUUACUGGCGAGAGGGAAGCUAUAACUAGUUAUAGUAAAUAUCUUGUAGAUGCUUACAAAUCAGGUGUUCAUGAAGGUUCAGCUGCAGGAAUAGGUCUUGGCUUGGUUAUGUGUGUUGUGUUCAGCACAUAUGCCUUGGCUGUAUGGUUUGGUUCAAAGAUGAUAAGGGAAAAGGGAUAUACUGGAGGUGAAGUACUGAAUGUGAUUGUUGCCGUGUUGACUGGAUCUAUGUCUUUAGGGCAGGCAUCACCAUGCAUGAGUGCAUUUGCUGCUGGUCAAGCUGCAGCCUAUAAGAUGUUUCUGACUAUUAGUAGGAAGCCAGAGAUAGAUGCUUAUGAUGAAAAGGGCAAGAUUUUGGAUGACAUUUCGGGAGACAUAGAGUUGAGGGAUGUUUAUUUCAGCUAUCCAGCCAGGCUGGAUGAGCAAAUAUUUGACGGGUUCUCUCUUUGUAUCCCUAGUGGCACAACGGCUGCUUUGGUUGGACAAAGUGGAAGUGGCAAGUCAACAGUCAUCAGUCUGAUAGAGAGAUUUUAUGAUCCACGAGCUGGUGAAGUUUUAAUAGAUGGCAUAAACCUGAAGGAAUUUCAGCUUAAAUGGAUUCGGAGUAAAAUUGGGCUUGUCAGUCAGGAACCUGUUCUGUUUGCAUCCAGCAUCAAGGAAAAUAUCGCCUAUGGAAAGGAUGGUGCUACCACUGAAGAGAUACAAGCAGCAGCUGAACUUGCAAAUGCAGCUAAAUUUGUUGAUAAAUUGCCUCAGGGGCUUGACACCAUGGUUGGUGAGCAUGGAACUCAGCUGUCUGGUGGGCAGAAGCAGAGAAUCGCUAUUGCAAGAGCAAUUUUGAAAGAUCCAAGGAUUUUACUUCUGGAUGAAGCUACUAGUGCACUUGAUGCAGAAUCUGAGAGGGUAGUUCAAGAAGCACUGGAUAGGAUUAUGGUUAACCGAACUACUGUUGUUGUCGCUCAUCGUUUGAGCACAGUGAGGAAUGCAGACAUGAUUGCUGUCAUCCAUAAAGGAAAGAUGGUUGAAAAAGGUUCUCACUCAAAUUUACUCAGAGAUCCUGAGGGAGCUUACUCUCAGCUUAUACGCUUGCAAGAAGUAAACAAGGACUCGGAACAAACGCCAGAAGACCAAAGCAAACCUGAAAUAACUCUGGCAUCUCUUAGACAGUCGAGUCAAAAAGCAUCGAGUCAAAGACUUUCGUUUGCACGAUCUUUAAGUAGAAAUUCUUCUGCAGGAAAUAGCAGCCGUCACUCAUUUUCAGUCGCAUUUGGUUUACCCACAGGACUAGGUGGCAUUGGUGUCCAAGAUGCUGCAUAUGAAGAAACAGAACUAGCACCGGAGGAACCUCCAACGGUCUCACUCCGCCGCCUUGCUGCCCUCAACAAACCUGAGAUUCCAGUUCUUAUUAUUGGAACUAUAGCUGCAAUCAUCAAUGGUGUUAUACUUCCAAUAUUCGGCGUGCUCAUUUCCAGGGUUAUAAAGACUUUCUAUGAACCACCUAAUCAACAGAAGAAAGAUGCAGCAUUUUGGGCAAUAAUAUUUAUGAUCCUUGGUCUGAUAUCAUUCGUGGUGAUCCCAGCACGAGGGUAUUUCUUUUCAGUAGCUGGCAGUAAGUUAAUUCAGCGUAUCAGAUUAUUGUGUUUUGAGAGAGUGGUUCACAUGGAGGUGGGAUGGUUUGAUGAGCCUGAGAACUCAAGUGGUUCAAUUGGUGCAAGGCUCUCAGCAGAUGCAGCCACAGUGAGGGCCCUAGUUGGUGACGCUCUGGCUCAGAUGGUUCAAAACUUGGCAGCUGCAGUUUCAGGUUUAGUUAUUGCUUAUAUUGCAUGUUGGCAGCUGGCAUUUAUUAUCCUCGCACUGCUUCCUCUCAUCGCAGUUAAUGGAUAUGUACAAAUAAAGUUCAUGAAAGGAUUCAGCGCUGAUGCAAAGAUGAUGUAUGAGGAGGCAAGCCAAGUUGCUAAUGACGCAGUUGGAAGUAUAAGAACAGUUGCUUCUUUCUGUGCUGAAGAGAAGGUAAUGGAACUAUACAGAAGGAAAUGUGAAGGCCCUAUGAAGACAGGGAUAAGACAAGGCUUGAUCAGUGGAAUAGGAUUCGGGGUAUCUUUCUUCUUUUUGUUUUGUGUCUACGCAACCAGUUUCUAUGCGGGAGCUCAACUUGUGAAGGCUGGCAAAACAACAUUUUCCGAUGUUUUCCAAGUUUUCUUUGCUCUCACCAUGGCAGCUACCGGAAUUUCUCAAUCAAGCUCCUUUGGCCCCGAUUCUAGUAAAGCCAAAUCUGCUGCUGCUUCCAUAUUUGCAAUAAUAGACCGGCCAUCAAAGAUAGACCCAAGUAAUGAGUCUGGCACGAAAAUUGAUGGUGGUGUGAAAGGAGAGAUUGAACUACGCCAUGUAAGCUUUAGGUAUCCAUCUAGACCAGAUACCCCUAUCUUCCGAGACCUCAAUUUAACUAUCCGCUCUGGCAAGACUGUUGCCCUGGUUGGUGAAAGUGGGAGCGGAAAAUCAACCGUUGUUGCACUGUUACAAAGAUUUUAUGAUCCAGAUUCAGGUCGUAUCACACUUGAUGGAAUUGAACUUGGAGACUACAACUUGAAAUGGUUGAGGCAGCAGAUGGGACUCGUGAGCCAAGAACCUGUUUUAUUUAACGACACCAUUCGCGCCAACAUUGCAUAUGGAAAGGAAGAAACUGCAACUGAGGCAGAAAUUAUAGCUGCAUCAGAGUUGGCCAAUGCCCACAAGUUUAUCAGUAGCUUACACCAGGGCUAUGAUACCAUAGUUGGAGAACGAGGAAUCCAGUUAUCUGGGGGGCAGAAGCAACGUGUAGCCAUUGCGCGUGCUAUAAUCAAGAGCCCCAAGAUAUUACUGUUGGAUGAAGCUACGAGUGCACUUGACGCCGAAUCUGAGAGAGUGGUUCAAGAUGCAUUAGAUCGAGUCAUGGUGAACCGGACAACAGUGGUUGUGGCUCAUAGACUGUCCACAAUCAAGAAUGCUGAUGUGAUUGCAGUGGUUAAGAAUGGAGUUAUAGUAGAGAAAGGGAAACAUGACAAUUUGAUUAAUAUCACCGAUGGGUUUUAUGCAUCCCUAGUUGCUCUUCACAUGAGCUCUUCAACUGCAUGAUUAACCUUGUUAUUCUUUUUGUAGUUGAAAACUUCUUGUUUGGUAAAAAGUAUAUCCACCUUUUUUCACCACGGAACACCCAAAUAGGCAAAUUAGAAAAGAUAUAUAUAGUGAUUGUUUUUUGUUUCUUUGUUUUACUAUGUUACUUUUGUACAUCAAUUCUAUUUACAGUUUUAAUUUCUGUUUAAUGUACUUUGAGUGAAUAAGAUA